GUCGUUUGGAACGGAGCCGGUGCGUGUUGAUUUUUUUUUAUUUCCAGCAUGGCUCCGAAAGGCAAGCGGCGGCCAGAGAAAGCUGGAAGAUUUAAACAAAACGAAGACGACACGAUUAAAAACGACAACAACGACAGCGGGAGUGAUGAGGGCCAGAAAGAGGAAGAUGAAUUUACCCUGGAUGAUGUGCUACGUUUGGGAGGCACUAAGGCAGACUACGUCAUGCUUUCUGCAGUUGAUGACAGUAACGAGCUGGUAAAUGGUGGAAAGAAAGGUGCGAUCGAUGAAUUGGAGGAAGGUGAGCUACAAGAGUUUAUCACCAAACUGGGAAUCCAGUCCUAUUCAGGACAGAUGGUUGUUGAAGAUGAAGAUGAGGAUGAGAAGGAAGAACAAAACAAAGAGAAACAAUCCAAACCCAUUGCGGAAAAGAAGAGCAAGAAAAAAGAUGCCUCUAAAGUGGAGUCCAGCAAGACGCUCGGAGUCGAGCAAGAAGCCGAGCCGAAGAAGAGCGAGUCCAAAAAAACAAGCAAAAAAGCCAAGCAAAAAGAAGCCGACCUUUUUGAAUUUUACCCCCGUCAGGUUCUAUUGGUCAAGCCUGGAGGAAAAUGGUAUGACAUAGACUACACUUCUGAGACUAGCACUUGUGCUCAGGACGAAUCACAGAUUUCUCGGUACAAAGCUUUGGCUCAGAAGCUUCUAGAGGCUGAAACAAAUCUUUACAAAAAUAAGAAAAUCCUACAGAAAGGAGCAAACACAGUCUGGAUGAAGAGCGUCGUCUCGACCGGGACACUGGCAGACAGGAUGGCAGCCAUGACUGUGCUCAUCCAGGACGCUCCUGUGCACUGUCUGGAGCACAUUGAGAGCCUGAUCACAAUGAUGAAGAAGAAAGGAAGUCGUAGGCAAGGCCUCAUGGCUUUGGACACGCUUAAAGAGCUGCUGUUGUCUGAUUUACUCCCAGAGAAUCGGAAACUGCGGAGCUUCUCCCAACGCCCGUUUAACCAGCUAGAGGAGCGUGCGAGUGGAAACCGAGAUGUCCGAGACCGGCGCCUUGUCCUCUGGUACUUCGAGCACCUUCUCAAGCUACAGCUGGCUGAGUUUGUAAUAGCUCUUGACGCUUUGGCUCACGAUACGGUCCUGGCCACCAAAAUGAAAGCUCUGACCACAGCUCUUGAGCUGCUCUGCAACCGGCCUGAGCAGGAGAAAGCCCUGCUGAUGCAAGUUGUCAACAAACUGGGAGAUCCAGAGUACAAAAUUGCCUCAAAGGCCUCAUAUCUGCUGGAGACACUCCUUCAUAAACAUCCCUUGAUGAAAUCGGUGGUGUGCAUCGAAGUAGAGCGUCUGAUGUUCAGACCCAACAUAAGCGCCAAGGCUCAGUAUUACGCCUCCUGCUUCCUCAACCAGGUGAUGCUGAGCCACGACGAGGCCGAGCUUGCCACCAAACUCAUCACUAUCUACUUCAGCUUCUUCCGUCUCUGCGUCAAAAAGAAGGAGGUGGAGUCUAAGAUGCUGGGUGCGCUGCUGAGCGGCGUCAACAGGGCUUAUCCAUACACCAAGGCCGGAGAUGAGACGGUCCGGGAGCAGCUGGACACGCUGUUUAAAGUGGUGCACAUCGUGAAGUUCAGCACAGCUGUGCAAGCUCUCAUGCUGCUCUUCCAGGUUAUGGAUUCUCAGCAGAGCGUUUCCGAUCGAUACUACGUCGCCCUUUACAAAAAACUGUUAGAUCCUGGUCUGUCAGUAAGUUCGAGGCAGAGCAUGUUCCUCAACCUGCUGUACAAAUCUCUGAAAGCAGACAUCGUCCUGCGCCGUGUUAAGGCCUUUGUGAAGAGGCUGCUGCAAGUGAGCUGUGAGCAGGGCCCUACGUUUGCCUGCGGAGCGCUCUUCCUCGUGUCCGAGGUCAUGAAAGCCAAACCUGGCCUUAAGCUCAUCCUACAAGAAGGGGAUGAAGAGGAGGAGAAGUUUCAGGACCUUAAAGGGGAGGAGGAGGAUGACAAGAAAACUAACGAUGAUGAUGACGAUGAAGAAAGGUUUGUGGAUGCGGAUAAAACUGAAGAGGACCAGUGCAAACAGCCUCAGCAGAUCAAACCAGCUGCAUCGUGGGUACAUCACCAAAACCUAGAGGGUGGUAAGGAUUUGGAGGUUUAUGACCCCAUGCACAGAAACCCUUUAUACUGUGGAGCGAAUCACAGCACACUCUGGGAGCUGCAGAAGCUCGCUGAUCAUUUCCACCCUUCUGUAGCUCUCUUCGCAAAAACCAUCUUGCAGGGACAGCACAUCCAGUACACAGGGGAUCCUCUACAGGACUUCACGCUUAUCAGGUUCUUGGAUCGAUUCGUGUUCAGAAACCCCAAACAAAUGAAGGGCAAACAAAACACAGACGCGACUGUAAUGCAGCCGAAACACAAAAAGACCACGAAUAACAUCCGCUCAUUACCUGUAAACUCUGAGGAGUAUUUGGCCAAAGAGGAAAGUCAGAUCCCUGUGGAUGAGGUGUUCUUCUACAGGUUCUUUAAAAAGAGGGAAGGAGUGACGCGAUUAAAGAAGCCUCACGGAGACGACGCAGAGAGUGUGGAGGACGUGGACGAUGACGAGUUUGACCGACUGCUCGACACGAUUGAGAGUGAUGGCUGCUUCACAGAAUUUAAAGAUGAAGACCUGGACUUUGCUGGCAAUGUAAAGAGCAACAGUAAAAAAGGCAAGAAGUCUGAGGAUGUCUCAGACCUGGAUUCAGAAGAUGACCUGGAUGAUGAGGAGAUCUCACUGGGAAGCAUGGAUGAGGAAGACUUUGGUGAUGAGCUGGAGGAUGAUGGUGGUGCUUUUAUGGACCCAGGUGGAGACGAUGACGAUGAAGUACCAGAGCUUGAGGAUGAUGAUGAUGGUGAUGAUGCUGUGUUUGAUGACUUUGAUGACAUGGAUGAGGCAGCAGAGAUCAGCACAGGAGGCAAAAAAGGCAAGAGGAAAUCAUCUGGACCUCUCGGACUGUUUGAUUCCAAACCAAGCAAGAUGAAAAAGAGAGGAAAGAUGGAGGAUACGGCCAUGUUCGCAGCAGCUGAGGAGUUUGGUGAUCUGCUGGAUGAAAACUCUGAUAUGAAGUUCGACAACAUCGGGAUUAACGCGAUGGCUAACAAAGACAAAGCCAGUGUCAAACAGCUGAAAUGGGAGGUCCAGCGUGAUGAUUGGCUCAGGGGACGUGAUGUCAAGACGCUCAGGAGGAAGAAGGCCAUGUUUAAGAAGAGGAAACAGUUUGGGAAAGGCAAACCGGGCAAAAAGACUGUAGGCAGGAAGAUGUGAUGGCUUUCGUCCUCCGGAGUGUUUCUGUCUGUCUAGCUGUCUUUCCGUUCCUGCCCUGUAGACCACACGCCUUGAUCGGCUUCCCGGAUGCCGUAGUUCCCGGCCCAUUCGUUGGACUUGUAAUAAACUGAGUGAGAGAAUGAAAGCUCUUAAUUCGGUUUCAGUUUGUAGUCAUUAAUUGCUAUGUUGGUGGCAAAUAUUUCUCAAGACAAAAAUUGUCAACAUGUAAUAACUACAUUUUGUAAUAAAUGUAAUUUUACUGUU